AUGGCUCCGACCGUGGUCAAUGCGGCCAUGGAACAGUUGACCGUGCACAGUGCCUCCUACCGGCCGCUCCCGCUCCCGUUGCCUGUGCGCCGCUGUCGGACACCUGUUAAACGGUCACUAGCUCCGUCGGUCGUCAUCACUGCACACCGGGAAGCAUAUCGGUUGAGAGACCCACAAGAACCGAUCAAGUCAAAGCCACCUCAAGAUCACGGGUUCCUGGCCGGAGACUGUGUUGACCGUUUUCACUGCACGUCGUACAAAAUGCAUUACCCUGCAAAAGAAGGACUGCACCGAGCUAGACCGGUCACCCCUCCCGGCCGGCCGCCGCUGCUGCAUAUUUCAAUGGAAGUGGAGACGACUACAGGUAACGCGUACCGCCGUCCCGCUACACCGAAACUUUGGCGACGCCCUCCGAGUGCCUACAAAGUGUCUUCGGAACCGAUGGAAACGACAUCAGUGUUCCGAGCUAGUUACAAAUCUCUGCCGUGUAAUUUUGACUCAAAGGCUGCAGAUAUCUGCCCUAGACGCGCUUUUGUCGAUGAAUCCCUAAGGUCCAGGAUGCCUAUUGAAAGUCACACCACUUACACUACCUCAUAUUACACGAGCCAUCCGAAUUUAAAACUUCUAGGACCGAUACCAGAAAAAUUGAGUCAGAUGCAGGGUUCGAAUGAAGCACCAAGAGCCCACACCGAAAAAAUAUUUAAUAGCAAUAAACUGGUUAAAUGUACGAGAAAAAUUGAACACACGACAUAA